AUGGGCUACCACCAUCCCAGCAAUGCGCCAACUAUGAACGAUGACGGACCUCACCGGAGAUUCAACGCUUUAUUGCUCGAUAGUGACGAGGAGCUGGAAAGGUCUGCAGCGGAUUACGAUAGUGUCCUCGCUGUCAGUGUUGAUGCAGAAGAAUCGGACGAUGACGUACCAGAGGGACGUGCUUUUGAUGAGGACAGGAAGAAUGAGGAGGAAUCCUUCUCAAUUCUUAUUCGAGAAGGAAUAUCUUUGAAAACAGACGUACGAGUUGUCAAAUUUGGAACAACUUUGAAGUUGAAUUGUUCUGACUACAAACCAGAAGGCUCUUCUUAUUGGGAGCGUCAGCAUGACGUAGACGAUGUAGAUAUAGACAUAGGUUUCGAACCGUACUCAUCAAUGCUAGGAAAACAACGUUAUCCUUUGCGAGAAAGUCGGAAAGUCGAGUCCGUGAGAGGCGAUCACGAAGAUCCUCUGCGGUCGUCGGAUGAUGACAGCGAAGAUGGACUCGAAGAUGGGAAAGACGAAAUGAAAUUAGCUGCUCAAAAUGCCGAGAGUCUAACCGUUACCGCAUCACAUGGUCAGCUGUACUAUACGUGCUACGUAGAGGACGUGGAUUACUACAAGCAAACUACAUCUAUUUACAUUUUCGCUGUUGAAGGACCUCCUCCUGCUCCGCAGUUUACCUUUCGACUAGUUAGAUCCAAGCCCUAUAAACUUCACGUAGAUUGGAUGGUGGAUUGGCGCGAGGACAUUCCGACGAGAAGAUUAAACGUGACUGUUAAGCAAGAUGAUGACCCAAAGGUUAAAGCAGAAGAAAUUAUGGAAAAGAAAGGUACAGUUUCGACUGAUAUUUCCGCUGACAUCGCUAGCAUUACUGUACUUGCAAAUGCUUCCUACGGAGAAAAUUUCCUGCAGACGGUUGAAAAAACGAUAAACAUAGAACACAUUACGUUAGUGAAUUUUGGAAUAUCAGACGACGAUACAGAUACUAUAAAGAUAAGGUGGAACGUCUUGGGAGGUCUACCUAACGAGGAACCACAGUAUAAAAUCAAGUUCGAGUGUGGGAAAGACUAUAAGGAGGAAAAAAUGGUUAAGCAGAACUCUAUUGUGGUUGCUAUUAAACGUCGGCCGUACAAAUGCGAUUUAUUCGCACAGGCGAUACUGGACUCCUACGAAGGACCUGUAGCUAAGUAUCGAGUAAAGUUGAAAGCCAAAUCACCGGAGGUGGCACCAACAAACGUGAAGUUCACGAACGAGGGCCUUACAACUACCAUAACAUUCGUCCCCAUCCCUAAAGAAGUAAUGAGGAAGUAUGGUGAAAAUCAAGGAUGUCAGGUAUUUGUAUGCAAGGAGAAAAAGGCUUCUAGGAAAUGUUUCAACAAAACUGCUUCACCUCAAGCCGGUGAAGUGAAAUUUGAAAACCUGGAGGAAUACGGUAUUGCACUUCUGGUUCUGUACAAUAUGCUUAUCGAAGUAACUGCUUGCCUAAAAACCCUGUUUUUUUUUCUUCUUGAAACAUCGCUUCGCUUCGAUCGACUUGCUUGUGAAUCUGUUUCUGUCACGAGGAAGUCCAUCUCCUAUCCCUCUCCAAUCUCGGAAUCACGCUUUUCUUAA